UUGUCAAAACUCUUCUCAUCUCUCAUUUCAUUUCCCCCACACAAACACACAUUGAUCUAGAGAGAGAGAAAAAAAAAACCAAACCAAAACCAAAAACACAAAAAAUAUAAAAAGAAAAAAACUUUCAAAGAAAAAAAAAACACACACAAAACUUUUUCUUAAUAUAGGAAAAUGUCAAAAUCCAGUAAUAUCCUCGUGAUUUGCGCUGUAAUCCUGGUCACCCACAUGCUCACACUCUCAUUUCCAACCGUUGAUUCCGCCGCCGCUUCCCAUCUCACCUGGAUCCCGACAACCACCGUCGCCACCACCUCCGGCUGCCGUGGAUCUAUGGCUGAAUGUCUAGCUGAAGGUGGAGAUCUAAACAUUGAAGACGACGAUGAAGAUGAAUUCUCAUUAGAUAGUGAAAUCAACAGGCGCAUUUUAGCAACAAACCGACGUUAUAUCAGUUAUGGUGCGCUUAGUAAAAAUAAUGUUCCUUGUUCACGGCGUGGUGCUUCUUAUUACAACUGCCGACGUGGCGGUCAAGCUAAUCCUUAUUCUCGUGGUUGUAGUGCUAUCACUCGUUGCCGCCGUUAAAACUACGUCGUCUGGUUUCUUUGUUUGUUUUUAUUAUGAUAUGAUAUAUUAUAUCUAUAUAUCUUUCUAUUUUGAUUUUGAUGUUUAUGCUUAUUAUUUUAUUUUAUUUGUUAAAAAAACAAUACUCCUCUUACAAUUUUAUUAUGUGAACUGAUCCUUCUAUGGUUA